GGGAAUUCUGAGAGUGCAGCUGGGUGGAUUGGCGGGAGCUGUCAUCUGGGCCGAGUGCAAUGGCUGUGGGCUCGGAGGUUCAGAAUUAUUUGGGGUUGGAGCUUAAUUCUGAAGACAAGGGUUUAGAAAGUUAUUCAGACAGUGGUCAAGGUAGCUGUGAAAUGGCCUCUUCUGAGGAGCUGAGUAACAGAAUGGAGUGUCUGGAAGAAGAUUCUGAUGAUGAAAUUGUGGUUUCCAAGAAAUCAAAAAACAAGAAAAUACUUGUGGAAAGUGACAGUGAGGGAGAGGAAGUUACAGCAACUACAGUCAAUGAACCAAAUGAAGAAAGUGAGGAAGAAAACAAGGAGAACUCAUCAGGCCUUAAAGGGAAGAGUGGGCGGAUUCGCUUAGUGCUAUGGAACAGUGACGAUAGUGAAAAUGAAGAUGAGACUGAAAGUGGCAAAACAUCGUUUCAACAUACCCCAUCAGAGGUGCAUGCCUCUACUUUGAAGGAGAAGAAAAGUCGCAAGUUAUCUAAAAAACAGGGUGGUCAAAAGGAAGAUGAGGGAAAGGUAAAAUCAAAGCGCAGAAUGGAAAAGGCAGAGAAAAGAAUGGCAUCUAUAGGAAAGCUGAAAAAAGAUAAAAAGAAAAAAUCACAGAUACAACUUGAAGAGGAAGUGACUCCACUUAAUGAUAGUGGCUGCUUGCUAGCAGAUGGGGAUUUGUUUGAAAAUGAGGUUGAAGAUGUGAGCGAUCCUGCAGAAGAAGAAUCCUUAGAUGCAAUCAGAGCUACUGUUACAGACAAACUAAAGGGUCGGUCGUCUGCUGAUUAUGAAGACUCUGACCCUGAAGAGGCGUUUAGUGACAGACCAGAUCAUGGACAUAAAAGAAAGGAGAGGAAAGCUGCACGAAUGAGCAAAGAGGCAAUUAAACAACUGCACAGUGAGACCCAGAGACUUAUAAGAGAGUCUUCAGUGUCGCUGCCUUACCAUUUACCUGAACCCAAAACUAUCCACGACUUUUUUAAACGUCGUGCAAGGCCAACAUGUCAAGGCAGUGCAAUGCAACUUAUUAAAUCAACAAAGUAUCAACCAUGCAAUGUUAAAGAAACAACUGCUCACGUGGUGACUCAUGGAUCAGAGAUCCAAAAAAAUGAAGUUGCUGAAACAGAAGUACAUAAAAUUGGGUCAGAAUGCCCACUUCAAGAGCCCAAUGACAUGGAAACAGCUGAUCAAGAAGCUGAAAAGAAAAUUAUUGCUGAGGUGCCGUGUGAACCAACAGUUACUAAUGACCUAGAAAUCUCUCCAAAAAAAUUACCCAGUGAAGACCCAUUGGAUCAUACGGAGUCCGUCCAAAGAGCUGUAGAGCAGGAUGAAAAUGAGAGUGCUGAAAUCCCCUUGGAAACCCAUGAUCCACAGAAUGAAAAUACAGUUCAUCAAAUGGCUGAAGACAAUGAAAGCACUUCCCUAACCACAACAAUACAAGCCAUACCCAAGCUAUCAAAGUUGGAAAAGUUGCGUGCUCUUGGAGUGGACCUAUCAUUAAAACCUCGCCUCUGCCCCGACAAUGGCUCUUUUGUAAAUUUAGAUGAGCCACAAGUAAAUAAAGCUCUUGAAGCUCUGAAAGAACGUUUCCUGAAGCACUCCCUUCAAAAGCCCAAACCUGUUGCUGAGAGAAAGAUAAACCUCACUAUUGUCCGCAAAGAGGCCGCUGCUAAUGGGAAGGAGGAGCUGAAAGCAGAUGUUGUACCAGUCACCAUGCAGGGAGAAAACUUAGAGGGGCAAAUUCAUGGGAAACCAGGGGAGAAGCUGCAGGUGCUGAAAGCAAAACUGCAAGAAGCCAUGAAAUUACGUCGCAAUGAAGAACGUCAGAAGCGUCAGGCUCUCUUUAACUUGGAUAAUGAAGAUGGCUUCUAUGAUGAAGAGGAGGAGGAGGCAGAAAUGACUGAGUCUGAAGAGGAGGAAGACGGAAACGCAGAGACUGCUGAGGAUCUUCUUGGAGAGGGGGGUGGAGAUGAGGAUGAAAAUGAAGAUUCUUCAAAGCCUGAAGUUUUAGAGAAAGAUCUAACUGAAGUGUCUAUACCUGAGAGAAGACCACUAGCUACAGAAGCUACCUUGAUGUUGUUUAAAGAUCAUUCCACAAAACAUGGAGAUUCCCUUCCUGGUAAAAUGGAUCAUGGUGAUAGUGUAUGCAAAGGAAAUGGCAAGAUGGUUUCAGAGGAAGAAGAUUCUCUUCUCAAUAAGGAAAACAGCCACAAUAGCAGUUUUGAACUUAUUGGCUCAAUGCUUCCUUCAUACCAACCAUUCACUAAGAAUGCACGAGGUUCCCUUCACUCUACAAUAGGUGGAUUUCGCUCCCCAUCUCCAAUGCACUUUAAAACCAGUUUCCUCAGCUCUGCAUCAAAGAGUUCUGGUAAGAUGUCAGAACCAUCUCUUCCUGUGGAAGAUUCACAAGAUCUGUACAAUGCCUCACCUGAGCCCAAAGCUUCAUACCUCUGUGCUGGUGGGGACUCGCAAUUUCAAUUCUCUUUGGAAGAUGACACUCAGAGCCAGCUGCUUGAUGCUGAUGGGUUUCUGAAUGUUGGCCAUCACAGGAGCAAAUAUAGCUCUGCCAAGCACCGGUUAACCCUGGAUACUAUGGAUGAGAAUGCCAUGGACGCAAACAUGGGAGAGCUGCUGGAUCUGUGUUCAGGGCAGUUCAAUGAUGCCUCUCAGGCAGUUGGUAAAGAGGACAAAGAAGAUGCAAUGGAAGAAUUACUGGGGCUCUGUUCUGGCAAGUUUGCGUCACAAACGGACACUUCAACUCAGAAUUGUUCUCCUUCAAAGUCAGGCAAAGAACCUCGGGAUAAAGAUCUUGUGUCUGAUGCAGCAGCAUUGUGUUCUGGCUCCUUCCCGUUGGAAAGAGAAGAAGAGGAGGAGGAGGAGUUUGGUGAUUUUCAGCUCUUACCAUGUGAAGACUCAGACAGUGAAAAGGAGGAUGAAAGUGAUGAUGAGGAAAAUAAUGAAGUCAGUGAUAAUGAAGAAAAAGAAGCUUCUGAUGAGGAAAAAGAUUCUGAUGAAGAGGAACUCUUAAGACAACACCAGAAGAAGAAAAAGCUAAGGCUGAAGGACUUCAUGGAAAGUGAGGCUGAGCUGUCUGGAGAUGACAUAGACAGUGGAGAUGAGGAAGAGGGGGACGAGGAUGAAUACGAGGAAGAAGCUAUUGAUGAAGACCUCCCUUCAGAUGAAGAGUUGCAAGACCAAGUCAACAAGAUCCACAUGAAAGUGACCAUGGAUGAAGACCAGCGUCAACUUCGCUUCUAUCAGGAGCGCUAUUUAGCUGAUGGUGACCUCCACAGUGAUGGUCCUGGAAGGAUGAGAAAAUACAGAUGGAAAAUGUUUGAUGAUGCCUCUCAGCUGGACAUGUUCCGCAGGGAUUCUGAGCUGGAAGAUCAGGAGGUUGAUAAUGAAGAGCUUGAUGAAGCAGAUGCGAAAUGGAGGAAAGAAAGAUUUGAGCGCGAACAAUGGCUCCGUGAGCAGUCAAGUAGUCAUGCUGCUCAUGAAGAAGAGGAAGAAAUUGGAGAGAGCAGCCAGUUCAUGAAACUUGCAAAAAAAGUUACUGCUAAGGUCCUUCAGAGAAGAGCUACCACGGAAACAAGUGAAGUAAAAAAACCUGUGUCAAGAAAUCCAUUUGAAGUCAUCAGGCCUUUCAGCAACCCUAAUAUGAAGACAGGCUCCCUUUUAAACAAACCAAAAGAAGUCCUACAGAAACUUGCAGCAAUGUCAGAUCUGAAUCCCAAUGCUCCACGAAACUCCAGAAACUUUGUCUUUCAAACUUUGUCACCAGCAAAAAAAGAGGAAUCCGUAGACAGACCAAAAGCAAAGGUACGAAAGAACAUCGCCUUUGCCACACCGUCUCCCAAGCGAUUAAAGUUGGACAAGCUCCACACAGUCAAGAGCAAUAGUCGGAGCAUCUUUCCUUUCUUGGAGAAUUAAUCUGCUCCACCCCAAUCCACAUUAUGAGAUUCACAUAUUGUUUACUUAUUGUACAUUGACGGAUGGCCUGAUUUAGGUGUUGCAUUAUCUACAGCUUCUGAAAUUUCUCCUUGUGAUCUAUAUUCUUUGUCCCUUCAGCAGUGAAGCUUGUUUUCUGUGGCUUUGAGCCCAAAGGAGGCAAUACAAAGAUGUCAUACUCUUUGGCAUCAGUGUUUGCUUAAACCUUAUUCUAAUGUAUCUUCUUCUAUAUGGGAUCAUCCUUCCUAAUUUGUGUGUAUAUAGUUUUAUUUUUUUAUGUUGUACAUGUUUUAUGUAAUCUAAUUUAUUGUUGCAUUUGUUUUAUGUAAUAUAGCCUUUCUCCAGCAAGUGUCUUUAGACUGAGGUUACCUAUUACUUGAAUUCACAAUUUGCAAAUUACAGUUUGAUUGUGCAAUAAGCGUCAAAGGUAUUCCUAAAUCAGUGCAUUGCAAAACAUCUGCAGUUUUACUGUUACUUAGGUCUAAUAUGUUAUGGAAUCCUUUAAAUACUAUAAAUGUUGCAAAGAAAAAUGCCAUGUCUGAAGCUGAUACUUUUGCAAAUCAAGUUGCACUGAAUCAUCUACCUCACCAUUCCAGCAGUUUAUUUUACACACAUUGUAAGCUCUUUUAGUAAAAAGGCCAUUAAGGUACAUAUUAAGGCAUCUAUAACCUGAUCAGCCAAAACUUAUUUGAGUUUUUGAGUCUUAAGCUCUAUAUAAAGUUUUUACUGCUUUCAACAUUUUUUAUGCUUUUA